AUGGAUGGUCGUUUCUAUGUUCAUGAUGUUCGGAAACUCAUUAACUCCAAAGUCACGAUUGGUUUAAACAAUCAUAUGACGUGGACUCAUUUGGUCCCUAUAAAAGUUAAUUGCUUUAUCUGGAGAGCUAACAUGGAUCGUAUCACGUCUUCUGCUGCCAUUGUUAAAAGAGUAGUUAGAGUGGUUUCUACUGUUUGCCAACUUUGCAAUGUUGAGAUUGAAGGAAUGGACCAUCUGUUGACGAUCUGUGGUUUUGCUAAGGAGGUUUUCAAAUGGAUUUUCAGGUGGUGUGAUAUCCCUCUUGAUAAAUUAUCUACAUUCCCGAAGGCUUUGAAUUUUGCGGAUAAAAUGGAUGAAUUCUCCCGAGAAAAGGAAGAUUUUUAUUGUCAUCAUGUAUGA